AUGCCCGUGUACAAGAACAUUAACGACAGGCUGGUCUCGCUCUCCCAGGGAAACCGCUUCUACUUCUGCUUCUCGUGCGGAAGGAUGCCUAUGGUCACGUACGUCCUCAGCUACUCAUUUACGUUCCUGAACAAGGCGAUGGCCAUGUACAGGUCCGCGCUCGUGAUGACAGCCUAUACCGCUUACAACAAGCUGCACGAGUCCGUGAACAGGAUCAGGCGCAUCAACAAGCUCAUGACCGCGUUCAAGAAGAUCAAUAUGUCCACAAAUGUAGUGAAGAAUAUGUACGUGUACGAUAUCGCCUACUUCAUCGCGAAGGGGGAUCUAGAUGUUUUGAUCAGCGGAGACUCGGUCGUGUACAUCCACCUCGACACAUUAGCGAACUACAUGACGUUUAACUACAUCAUCACGAACACCGAUGUCUCCGUGAAGAACAUUGUCACGAUCCACCGCACGACGAUCUCUACAACUAAAAACACGUACAUGUUCUGCGUUUGUGCUGGUACCACGACUGGGACCGAGAUGUCCGAGUUCACCUAUGACACCAUGGGCGAGUACUUAAACAUGUGUACGGCCACGACCGGAUACAAGCUCCAGCUCAUCACCGCGUGGAACGCGCAUACGUACCUCACCAUGGACACGACGAUGUACAAGAGUCGGAUUAAGAACCCGAGACCGUUCAACGUCAGGUGCAUGAUCAAGGAUGGGAACAUCACCUCUAGGGUGCCGUUCAUCGUGAAGGACUGUAAGGGGCACAUGAACAAGAGCGCGAAGACAGAUACCUACUCGAUCCCGUAUGACUUCGUGGUCAUCACUAGGGAUAAGAGCAUGUCAGACAUGUUGACGUUCUACUUUAACAGGUUCGCGAACAAGAACGGCAUCUUACCUCCCGACGUAACCCUCGAUUCGGCGCUCUAUCGAGAACCUAUAGGGAACAGCCCCUAUACGUCAUCCGAUGUUAGUUACGAAUACCGCGAAUCCACUCUCUCGGGUCGCUUCCUUAAUGCCUAG